GUCCAUGGAUAUAUUAACGUACUUCUUCCGUGGUGCUAUAAUUCAGUAAACUGUGGUCUGAAUUAGAACUGUGAACAAUCUUUGGAAUUAUUACAUUGCGUAUUUCAUCAAGUUUCCAUUUUAAAAAUAAAUAUUUAUAAUUGUAACUGAUUGAGAUUUAUCAGCAAUGGUGGCAUUAGCAGAACAAACUGUUGAUGUAGAAAUGAAAAAUGCUGACAGCCCUUCAGGUGAUGGAGAUACUGGUGACACUAAAAAGGACACAGAUGCACUUACAAUUCAGGACAUCAGAGAGCAUGCCCGCCAGAUUGAAAAGGCAGUUCAAAGUAAAGAGCCAAGAUUCAUUUUAAGGGUCCUGAGAACAUUGCCAAACACACGAAGGAAGUUAAAUCCUCCUGUUCUAAGAGGAAUUAUCAUUGGAUUUUAUACUCAUUCAGCAACUGAAAGGGAUGCACUGUUGGCAUUUGUAGAAGAACCUAUGGAAACUGAGAGCAGUAGCAGCCAACGAAUGAGGAGCAGCAAGAGCUCAGUUACUCCUCUCCUUCCUGAGGUAGACACUUACAUUCAUCUCCUGGUGCUACUUAAGUUGAUUGAUGGCCAGAAAUAUGGUGAUGCUGUCCAGUGUUCAGAUCUGUUAAUGCAAAAAGUAACAGCUCAAAAUCGCCGCAUCCUUGACCUGAUGGCAGCGAAAUGUUACUUCUACCACUCUCGCAGCUAUGAGCUAACAGACCAACUAGAAAAAAUACGCGGCUUUUUACAUUCAAGAUUACGAACAGCCACACUUAGGAAUGACUAUGAGGGACAAGGAGUGCUUAUCAACUGUCUCUUACGUAACUACUUACACUAUAGUCUGUAUGAUCAGGCUGAUAAAUUGGUAUCCAAGUCAGUUUUCCCAGAAACAGCGAGUAAUAAUGAGUGGGCUCGCUUUUUCUACUAUCUGGGCCGUAUCAAGGCAGCUCGUCUCGAGUACUCUGCCGCACAUAAGCAUCUUGUCCAAGCCAUGCGUAAAGCUCCACAAACUGCGGCUGUCGGUUUCCGUCAGACCGUGCAGAAGCUGGCAGUGACAGUGGAACUGCUGCUAGGUGACAUACCAGAACGUCAGAUAUUCAGGCAAGCUGCUCUGAGACGAUCUCUUGCGCCAUACUUCCAGCUUACCCAGGCAGUACGAAUGGGAAACCUUCACAGAUUUGGUGAAGUGUUGGAAAAUUUUGGGCCUCAGUUUCGUGCAGACCAUACAUUUACCCUCAUAUUGCGUCUUCGUCAUAAUGUAAUCAAGACUGCUAUUCGCUCUGUGGGGCUGUCUUAUUCCCGUAUUUCUCCCGAUGACAUUGCACAUAAGUUGGGACUGGAUUCACCAGAAGAUGCAGAAUUCAUCGUUGCCAAGGCCAUACGAGAUGGGGUUAUUGAGGCUACACUGGAUCCAGAGCAUGGGUACAUGCGCAGCAAGGAGACCACAGACAUAUACUGUACAAGAGAACCACAAUUGGCUUUCCAUCAGCGGAUCUCUUUCUGCCUGGAUCUUCAUAACCAGAGUGUGAAAGCCAUGCGUUACCCACCAAAAUCAUAUGGUAAAGAUUUAGAAUCUGCAGAAGAACGGCGAGAAAGAGAGCAGCAAGACAUGGAGUUGGCCAAGGAAAUGGCUGAGGAUGAUGAUGAUGGAUUUCCAUAAUUUAUCUAAACAUCACUGGCAUGUAUGCUUUUUCCUUUGAUUUUAUGUUUUGUUUGGUGUAGAAUUUAUCUCUCACUAAGAAGAGAUCUUUCAGGUGCUGCAAGUCAGAAAUAAAUAAAAAUCUGAAUGAAAAAGUG